AUGGUAUUUUUCCGAGCAGGUGGGAUGGAGGCUGCACCAUUCGAUCUGGACAUGGACCUGAUGUUAACAGAUCCUCAGUCUGAUCUGAUGUUAUCAGGUGCAAGUUCAGCGGAGGUGCAUGAUCCGUUCAUGUUGGCUGAUGAUGACAAUGCUAAUCUAAUCACAAAUAGUGACUCAGAUUUAAAUGAGUUUUGUACGUUCUCCAUGCCGGAUUUAUUUGGUCCUGAUUGCAUGCUAGAUAGUUUGUGCUCGCAACUAGAUGCGCAGGAGAAUUUUGCUGAGGAGCACUAUUAUAAUUCCAAUCGAUCAGAAUCACUUUCAUCAUUAAACUACGAAGGAAGCAGUUCUGCUGUUUCCUAUUCUCAGAGCACUUAUGAACAACUCGAUCUGCUUGAAGAAGCUAGUAAAGAAAUUUUUGACGAUGAUGAUAAGCGCAAGAACUAUAUGGUCAUGCCUUCAAGAGAAAUUAAAACAGAGCGUGCGUUGAAAGCAGUUUCUUCAACUCCUUCAAUUAUUUCUACGCGGUUAGCAAGUCGAUUGAAUACAAAUGAUGUGAGCAAGAAAACAAAAUCACCUCUAACUCGUAUUGCAGCAGAAAAACGAAAGUAUCCACCGCUUGUCUUAACUGAAGAAGAAAAAAAAUUAUGCAAGAAAGAAGGAGUUCGGUUGCCUGAGCAUUAUCCUUUAACAAAAGCGGAAGAAAGAGAACUGAAACGUAUACGUCGCAAAAUUAGAAAUAAGCAUUCGGCUCAAACAAGUCCACUGGAAGAUCGUGUUGAGAACUGUACCUUAGAAAACGAAGAGCUUAAAAAGCAGGUGGAACAUCUGAAGAAGCUGAAUACUACAUAUUUAUCUCAAUUACGAAAACUACAAACUGUCGUCGCAAAUGGAUCAAAACGAAAAGUACAUGCUGGUGCUUGCUUGGCGAUACUAAUGCUUUCCGUAUGUUUACUUGUUGCUCCUAAUUUAUCACCUUUGUCAAAAAAACGAAACGAAGAAGAAACGGAGCAAGUUACAACUUCGAAAACGCAACAGCCGAAAAAAACACCUCCCAUUGCAGGGCGUUCAAGAUCACUUCUGCAGCUUGUAAGCUCUGUUACUGACAAAAUUGAUGCCAAUACUUGUGAAGAAGAAGAGAUUGAUGAUUCCUCCGCUAGCAAAUCGGAAGAUCGUCAGAUGUUAUUCAAGAACAAUUCACGUGGACAGAAACGUGUUAUGUUCUGGAAUAGUAGAGGACCAACAAGUGCACGACCACAUUCUCUUCUUACAAGAAGAAAAGCUCCUCCAAGUUAUCAAAAUGUCAAAAUUGGACACUUUACUCGAAAACGAAAUGCCGCAAUUGAUGAAAGUUUAUAUCCAACUACAUCAGCCUAUGAUAAACCAUGGUUACGCACCAUGAGUAGUGUCGAAUAUAAGCAAGCUAAAGUGACUAACGGUUCUACUUUUCGUGUUUAUGCUAACCCUGGCAGUUUUAUAUCAAUGGAUUCAAAAAAUCUGCGAAUACAACAAGCAUAA